AUGGUUGCUCGAGCUCACAUCCUGCUUCAACGAGUGGCACUCGUUGCCUUGACCUUGCAAAAGGCGUAUUUCGUCACCGUAGACGCGCGCGACAGCAAGAGAGCCGACGACCAUCCUCUCGGUACACCGAGCGGCGUAGAUGCGCACCUCGACGCGCAUGCCAAUCCAUUCCUGCCACAAGUCGUCGUGCCGCCAGAACAGGAUGCGCCAACCGCUGCUCCGCAGGCCCGCGUGGGCGGUCAAUUCCAGCAAGCUGUGCGUCGACCAGAUGGACAGCUUGAUCAGGAGGAACGUGCUGGCGCAGUGGCAGCUCGUCGCCCAAACACCACUGGCCCUAAUGACGGAGACGUAGGGCACAAUCACAAUACUCGCGCUGCAGCGCGCCAAAGGCAAGCCCAAAAUGCGCAGAUUGUUGUUCGACCAGGUCGCAGAGCUCGCAUGGUCCAGGCGGUGGGAACUAGAGGCGGGCGAAUGCGAUAUCAGUACAUGAGAGAGGACAUGUACGCUGAGCCACCGUUACGUGAGUGCAAGAAUGACAAGGAAUUUCGAAUGUUGUGCAGGACCAGUGGAGCGCAUAAAGUCCAAAUAGUCGUCCCUACUCAUGCACUGCACUUCUGUGCGCGACUGCGUAGAGGAUCCGGUGGUGAGAGAACUACGACGCGCUGGAUAUCGCUACUCUCAGAUAGACGAGAUCAUGAGGGACUUGCCUGCACGACGAGCCACACGUCGACGAAUGCGCUCUCCAUCUCCAGAGCAGCCUGCAAUCAGGCGCGUGGACGAGACUCUCCUGCACGACCUUCGGAACCUCGCUCGGCGUCCGUGA